AUGGACACAUACGGCACAGGUAAAGGCGGCUUGGGAAACAAUGUGUGCGUCGUGGGCACAGGCGUCACGGGCCUGCUGGCGGUGAAAAAUCUGGUCGAGCAGGGCCUGAACGUGAGAGCCUUGGAGCAGAAUGAAUAUCUUGGAGGCAAUUGGCACCAUUCCACGGAUGCGCAGCAAGUGUCAGCACUCCCCGGUACGAGGGUGAACAUGUCGAAAGAAACAAAUUCUUUUACAGAUUUCCCGAUGCCCGAUGACUAUCCGUCAUUCCCUUCCGCACAGCAGAUCGCCGACUACCUCGAGGCAUAUGCAGACAAAUUCGAGCUUAUCAAGCACAUCGAGCUUUCGACGGCCGUGACGAGCAUUCGACGAGACGAAGAAGAUGGCGUGUGGAUCGUAUCCACCAAGCACACAAAAACCGGCGAGGAAGAGGAGCGAGAGUAUGACCGAGUCGUCAUGGCGACGGGCGGCUUGAGCGUCAUGAAUAUGCCCGAGAUCAAGGGCAUCGAAAAGUUUACCGGAGACGCCAUCCACUCCCGCGACUUCAAAGACCCGACAAGAUACACCGGAAAGAACGUCUUGGUUGUCGGCCUGGGCUCGACCGGAGCCGAUACCCUGAGCUUCCUGAAGCAGGCCGGCGCAAACAAGCUGUAUCUCAGCAGCAGGAGUCGGUGUUCUCUGAUCCCCAGAAUAAUUGGAGGACGACCGUGGGACCAUUACAUGACCCGUCGUACGGACUCGAUGAUCCGACUCUGUAUGCGACUGUCUCCCCACGCUACGAAUUACUUUGCCGGCAAAGCCAUCGGUCUCGCACAAAGCUAUGCCUUUCCAACCUUGAGGGCUCACCCCUGCUUCAGCGGUCCCAUCAGCGGCCCGCUAUAUCGCAGUCCAUUUGUGUGCGAUGAACUGCCUGGUCUAUUAGGCAGCGGCGACGUCAAGAUUUACCCCGGCAUCAUGGGCGUUGCUGGUCCCCGAACCGUGGUGUUCAAGGACGGCAGCGAGAUUACAGACGUUGAUGCCAUCAUCUUUUGCUGUGGCUACUACCACGAUCUGUCACUCAUCAAAGGCGAGGGCCAUCCCGCCGAUAUUGAGUUCUCAAUGGACUCAUUUGAGGAGCUCAAGGGUGCAAAGCACCACAACAAGGAUAGUGAAUACCAAAGACUCUACCACGGCAUCUUAUCAGAACGAUAUCCCGAGUCACUGGCAGUGCUAGGCAGCCUAACGACGCUGCGGCCUACGUUUGUUCUCUACGACCUCGCCACCAUGGCACUUGCCAGCAUGUGGUCGGGUAGCUAUCCUCUCCCCUCGCCACGGGCAAUGAAGAGAGAGAUUGAUUCUCAUUAUAAUUUCAUGGUACGGGCCCUCGAGCGUGGCCCCAUAGCAUUCCUUGGUCUCCGUGUAGACAUUCGAGGCACGUAUACAUGGCUCAAUGCUGCGGCCGGAACCGGUGUCAUUGAACGACUUGAGGGCUGGGGCUGGGAGGCAUGGAAAUUUUGGUGGAAGAACAGGAUGCUCUACAAGUUCAUCAUGGACGGACCCAAUGUCUCGGCAGUGUACAGGCUUUUUGACAUGGGCAGAGGGAGAAAACCAUGGGCCGGUGCUCGGGCGGCCAUCGAAAAGGCCAACGAGGGGCUGGUCAAGAGGGCUGAGAAGAUUGAGGAGAUUCAGGUGAUCAAGAUUGCUGAGGUAGCCAAGACUGCUGAAGUGAUCGAAGUAGUUGAAGUGGAGGAGGUGGAGGAAGUGGAGGAAGCGGACGAGGUGGAGGAGGCCGAGCAGGUCGAGACCGAGUGGCCCGACUCGAUCAUCUGUGAAAAUCGGCCGAGUGAAACGGAACUAUGA